AUGUCUGAAUCGCCUGUUAGGCCGACCAGGCGGGCAGCAGCAGCCAGACGGAAAAUAGUCGUGGAGGACUCCGACGACGAUGAUGAAAUUAUGCAGGCCAAGGUGGAAGAGGAUAGUGAGCCGGACUUUGCACCAGCUCCCAAACGAAGUCCACGAAAAGCGCCUGCUUCGAGACGAAAGACUACGAAUGUCGUUGCGAGCACGCCUCGUACUGGGGGGCGCGCAAAAAAGAGCCUUGCGAAGGAAAAUAUCGAACCUUCUGAGAUCUUUGACCCAGAGGAAACAGUGAAAGCUGAGCCAGAGUCUCCCUCCAAGAAAGCAUCGCCACGGAAGCGAAAGAGUGCGCCUGUUCGAGGGGGUCGUUCUUCUAGAACACCAGAGCUUCCUCCACCAUUGCCUACCCCGCAGCCAUCACAGUCACCUGAACCAUCCGAAUUACAAGUCACUCCACUUGCCGACAUCACAGAGACUCUCAAUGAUCGGCCACGAACAGCUGAAAGCCAAGAUACAAUGGUGAUGCCUAUCCGGCCGUUAGAUACUGUUUUGGAGAAGCCGAUGGAUAUUGUGCUCAAGUCACGCUCUAUGGCUAUUCCUGUAGCAGAGGAUACUGGUCCUAAGCCUCGAACAGUGAUUACAUACUUGAUCCUCACCAAUUUUAAAAGUUACGCUGGGCGCCAGGAAGUUGGGCCUUUCCAUUCAUCCUUUUCUUCCGUUGUUGGCCCCAAUGGAUCCGGGAAAUCAAACGUCAUCGACUCUCUCCUUUUCGUGUUUGGAUUCAGAGCAAGCAAGAUGAGACAGGGCAAGAUAUCUGCUCUGAUUCACAAUUCUGCAGCAUUUCCAGACCUCGACUUUUGUGAGGUAGCAGUUCACUUCCAGGAAGUCAUGGACCAGAACACUGCACUGACUCGAAAGCAGCCAAAUGGAACACCCACGAUUAUGCCCAAUUCUGAUCUUGUGAUUUCACGUCGUGCAUUCAAGAACAACUCUAGUAAAUACUAUAUGAAUGGCAAGGAGUCAAAUUUCACUCUAGUCACUACUCUGCUUAAAGACAGAGGAGUCGAUUUGGACCAUAAAAGAUUUCUGAUUCUCCAGGGAGAAGUAGAAUCAAUUGCUCAGAUGAAGCCUAAAGCUGCAAAUGAGCAUGAUGACGGACUUCUCGAAUAUCUCGAGGAUAUCAUUGGUACCUCCAAGUAUAAAACCCCCAUCGAGGAAUCAGCAACCGAAGUUGAAACCCUCAACGAAGUCUGCGCCGAGAAAAGUGGACGCGUCCAGCACGUCGAGAAAGAAAAGAACGGCUUGGAAGACAAGAAAAACAAGGCUCUUGCUUACAUCAAAGAUGAGAAUGAGUUGUCAAUAAAGCAAUGUGGUCUGUACCAAGUCUAUAUCAACGAGUGCGGAGACAAUCUUGCAGUCACGGAAGAAGCUAUUGGCCAGAUGCAAGCACAACUCGACGCUGAGCUGGAAAAGCACCAAGGCAACGAAGACGGGAUUAAGCAGCUCGAGAAGCAGUACAAGAAAGGGCAAAAGGAAUACGAAGCCCUCGACAAGGACACACAAGCUAUUGUCAAGGAGAUGGCCAAAUUCGACCAGGAGCAUGUGAAAUUUGAAGAGAAGAGAAAGUUUCUGACAGGCAAGCAAAAGAAGUCGGAGAAAGCCAUCAGUACAGCAGAGAAUGCUACGGCUGAAGCGGAAUCGACUAUUGAAACUUGCAGUACCGAAAUCGAGCAAUCUGCCCAAGAAAUAACCGCCAUGGAGAAGCGAAUGAAAGUCGAGGAGAAGGAACUGACGACCAUUCGAGAUAGUCUUAAGGGCAAAACGCAAGAAUUUUCAGAUCAGAUCGCCGCAAAGCAAAAGUCUCUGGAACCAUGGAACGAGAAAAUCAACCAGAAGCAAUCGGCCAUAGCUGUUGCUGAGAGUGAGCUUGCUAUCUUGCACGAGAAAGCUAACGCUGGUUCCGUUGCCCUUGAAGAGACCGAAGCAAAAAUUGCCAGCAUUGAAGAAUCCCGUGAAGCUAAGCUCGCGGAACUCGAAGAGUGCAAGUCAGAGCGGAAGAAGCUGGAGAAGGAGGCCAUCAAAGUUCAAACUGAGCUAACCCAGGUGUCACAAAAAGAGCCAGAGAUUCGAUCUCGACUGUCUGGCGCACGUCAAAAGGCUGAUGAGGCUCGUGCCAGUCUCUCGAAUACACAGACUCAGGGAAAUGUACUAACGGGUUUGAUGCGAUUGAAGGAAUCUGGUCGAAUUGAAGGUUUCCACGGCCGACUAGGAAAUUUGGGUACCAUUGAUCAGAGAUAUGAUGUUGCUAUUUCUACUGCUUGUGGAGCGCUUGACAACUUUGUCACCGACAACGUGGAAGGAGGCCAGCAAUGCAUCGAGUAUCUCCGGAAAACGAACCUUGGCAGGGGUAAUUUCAUGUGUCUGGACAAGCUUGGAAAUAGAGACCUGUCGGAAAUCGAGACUCCCGAAAAUGUUCCUCGUCUCUUUGACCUAAUCAAGGCCAAGAACGAGAAGUUCCGACCGGCCUUCUUCCACUCGCUACAAAACACUCUUGUUGCAAAGGAUUUAGCACAGGCAAACCGCAUCGCCUAUGGUGCCAAACGGUGGCGAGUAGUCACUCUCGACGGACAAUUGAUUGACAAGUCUGGUACUAUGUCUGGAGGUGGCAACAGUGUCAAGAAAGGCUUGAUGUCAUCCAAACUUGUUGCAGAUACAUCGAAAGAGCAGGUGGCAAAACUCGAGAUCGACCGAGAUGGAUUGGAGCACGAGUUCCAGAAAUUUCAAGAUCGCCAACGUGAUCUUGAGACGAAGCUUCGCGAUCUCAACGAUGAGAUCCCUCGCCUCGAUACAAAGAUGCAAAAGCUCGGGCUCGAGCUUGAAAGUUCUGCAAGGAACUUGGCAGAUGCUCAACGACGAAUCAAGGACUUAAGCAAGGAGCACCAGCCUUCGAAGACAGAUGACGGUCGCGUGGUAUCUCUGCAAAAGGAAGUUGCCAAGCUCAAUAAAGAGAUUGACAAGUUGCACGGCGAGACUGCCAGUGUUGAGCAGGAAAUAAAAGCUUUGCAGGACAAGAUCAUGGAAGUGGGUGGUGAGAAACUUCGCGCACAAAGAUCAAAGGUAGAUGCUUUAAAGACAGAAAUCGAUAGUCUGAAUGAGGCCGUCUCAACAGCCGAAGUCACUCGAGCAAAGGCCGAAAAGCAGAAGACCAAGCAAGAGAAGGAUUAUGCAAAGGCCACCAAAGAUCUCGAGGCUGCGGUCAGAGAUUUGGAGGCUUUGGAAGAAGACAUCCAGAACCAGAGCUCAAAUGCUGAAGGGGUUCAGGCUCGGGUUGACGAAGCUGAGGAAGCUCUUCGGGGGAAAAAGAAGGACCUUUCUGCUUUGAAGAGCGAACUCGACGAAAAGACUGCCGCUCUCAACGAGACCCGUGCCGUCGAAAUUGAGAUGCGUAACAAGCUUGAGGAAAACCAAAAGGUGCUUGGGGAGAACCAGAAGCGUUUGAGGUAUUGGAAUGAGAAACUUGGCAAGCUCUCUCUUCAAAACGUCAGUGACCUUGGUGAAGAGAUUGCUCCUGAAGAGCUUCCAUCUUACACCAAGGAUGAAAUUGCCGAUAUGAAUAAGGAUCAGUUGAAAGCCGAGAUCGCCGCUUUGGAAGAGAAGACCCAAAAUGUGAACGUCGAGCUCAGUGUGCUAGCAGAAUACCGGCGACGAGUUGAGGAAUACGCAGCGAGAAACGCGGAUCUUCAGAGUGCGGUGGGUCAACGCGAUACAGCAAAGAAGCGAUGCGACGAGCUCCGACGUCUUCGUCUUGAAGGCUUUAUGGAGGGAUUCAGCACCAUUUCUCUCCGUCUAAAGGAAAUGUAUCAGAUGAUUACCAUGGGUGGUAAUGCCGAACUCGAACUGGUCGAUUCUCUCGACCCCUUUUCUGAGGGUAUUCUCUUUAGCGUCAUGCCGCCCAAGAAGUCCUGGAAGAACAUCUCCAACCUAUCCGGUGGUGAGAAGACCCUGAGUAGUCUAGCGCUGGUAUUCGCUCUACAUCAUUACAAGCCCACGCCGCUAUAUGUCAUGGACGAAAUAGACGCUGCGUUGGAUUUCAGAAACGUCUCUAUCGUAGCGAGUUAUAUCAAGGAACGGACGAAGAACGCUCAGUUUAUCGUCAUCUCUCUACGGAAUAACAUGUUUGAGCUCGCGUCUAGGUUGGUGGGGGUUUACAAGGUCAAUCACAUGACGAAGAGUGUCACGAUUGAGAAUAAGGAUUACAUUCGCCAAGUCGCAGCCGCAUGA